AUGGGACUGAAUUUUUGUCUCGAGAUAUACAGACUUGGUUUGCUGAUUGAGGAUGCAAAGCUUCCUACUACAGAUUUCUUACAUUCUUCUUUACAAGAAGACAUUUACUAUGAUGAUGUGCCAACACCAUAUCCUGCUACUUCUGCACAGUACCCUGCCACUACUGCACGGACUCCUAUAACAGCUCAACACAAUUCUACUGAUGUCGUAACUCCAAUAUCUUCUACCAGUUCUACUUCUGGUACGUCAUCCAUACUGUCUCCUAAUUCUGGUAUGUCGUCAUCACUGCCUUCUAAUGCUGCAGACAACUCCUUACCACUUGUUCCAUCUGACCCGGAGCAAUCAAAAAAGGGAGAUACUCGUGUUUAUAAGCUCAAUAAAUCUCUUUACGGACUUAAGCAAGCAUCUCGUCAAUGGUUUGCAAAGUUCUCUACAUCCUUACUAGAUGAAGGUUUUGUUCAAUCUCGGGCUGAUUACUCACUUUUUACCUAUCAUUCAGGUAAUAAUGACUCUGCUAUUCAAAAGUUGAAACAGAAACUUGAAUCCAAAUUUUCGCUUAAAAAUCUUGGUCGCUUACAAUAUUUUUUGGGCAUUGAAGUUUCUCGUUCUCCCAAAGGUAUUUUUCUUUGUCAACGAAAAUAUAUUCUUGACAUUGGUAAUGAUUCUGGCCUUUUAGGUGCUAAGGUAUCUCCUUCUCCUAUGGAACAACACCUUAAGAUUCUACCAACUUCAGGUGAUCUUCUCCCUGAUCCCAGUGUUUAUCGUCGCCUGAUAGGUCGACUUUUCUAUCUUCAGGUGACUCGCCCUGAUAUCACAUACUCUGUGAAUUAUUUAAGCCAGUUUAUGCAUCAACCACGUUCUUCUCAUUUGGAAGUUGCACAUCGAGUUGUCCGUUAUCUUAAAGGUACAGUUAGUCAUGGCAUUUUUCUUUCGGCAAGUAGCUCAUUGUCUCUUGCUGGUUAUACUGACUCGGAUUGGGCAGGUUUCCCAACUACUCGUCAUUCCACGACAGGGUAUUUUACAAUGCUAGGGGAUAGCCCUAUCUCUUGGAAAUCCAAGAAACAACCAACAAUCUCCCUAUCUUCUGCUGAAGCAGAAUACUGA